UCAUCAAUUUAUUUCAUUUAGAACAGUUCAGCCGGAGAAUUCGAUGACAUAAAGCUGUUGAUCAUGUGGUAGUGCGAAGUGAUAUUGUGCUUAUUGGUUUCAACUAUACAAUUCAUUGCAAUAAACAUAGUGGAAAAUGAACGAGAUUUUAAAUUUUCAUGCGUAUCUUCUGCAUCCGCUACCGAAUUUACUUCUAUUCACUUCAAAUAUGAUCCAAAAAUGGCAAAAUAUGAAUAUAAAUUCAGUAAAAAUGAGCUUGCCAAAGUCAAAGAAAUGAUCGGAAACAAAGAGAAGAUUAUCUUCUACUUCAUGGGAUAUGCCGACAGAAAUUUUAUUAUAGCAAAAGAGGAAAUGAUCACAAAAAAUUGUUGCUCGUGUACUGUAAGUCACGCAUUCUAUUGGGGAGCCGAUCAUUUUAAGUUUUUUCAAUAUUUUUCGGGGCUCGACUCUGUACUUCCACAAAAAAUUCGAAUUGGAUUGAAUUUCAUCAAAAAUAUUGUGGACUCAGAUGAAUUUAAAAUCAAAUUGUCUACGGUUUAUUUGACCGGUUUUAGUUUAGGUGGACACAUUGCGGGAAUGAUUGGACAUGAGUUGAAAAAAAUCUAUAAUGGAAAAAUGGUAGCAGCAGUAUGGGGAAAUUUGAACAUUGAAUUCCGAUAGCAGUUUUUGACCCCCCUAGAAUUGGAUUUCCGUAUCCGAUAAUCGAUGGAAAACCAAGACGAACACAAAAAGUAGACGCGAAAUUUGUUGCAGUUUCCAUUAUUUCUCGUAUCGGUGUCAAAAAAUAUAUUGGGGAUAUUGAUGUUAUAGUUAAUGAUGGUAGUUAUUACUCUGUAAAAUAGAAGGGAUUAAAUAUUAAUCAUUUUGGAUUUUUCAUCAAAAUAAUCUAAAAGGAUUAAAUGUUAGCACUAUA